AUGGCAAAGCAUUGGAAAGCAGCACUUGAGCAGGCGUUCCCGACGCUCUUGCAUGGACAGGUCGACUACGAAGCUGAGUACGUCCUCGCAGCUGUGAACCAUGCCCAAGCCUGCAUAAUUGGAGGCGCCGCCGUCUCCAUUUGCGGGCUUGGCAUGGUUGUCUCACAGGUCGGCGCCUUUCAAUGCUCCGGCGGAGGCACGGCGCUUUUGGCCAAGGCCAUUAGCCUGGCCCGGGAGCUCGGCGCCACCUUUUUCAGCCCUAGAGCCCCUCGACAACAACGCCCUUGUAUUUUGGGCUCGGGCGGGCUUUCGCCCACUGGCCUGGAGCCAUGUGGUGGACGCGGAUGCCACGCAAGAACUGACCACUGCGCUGGAUCUUGA